AUGGCGUUCCAUUGCCACCCAGACGAUUCCCACAUCCGCGAGCACACACCUAAGGAUGUCGCAUCUCCCACAACUGCCCCCCUCCUCAACUUCCUUCUCAAAUUCAUCAAAUCGGAGACGCGCUCCCGGGAUGCGGAACAGAACAUACCCCAUCGUGGCCUGCUUUUGGGCAACAAGGGCGCGCCGGUGGCGUCCGACAAUUCGAAGGCUAUCUCGGCUGAGCCCGUACCGGCCAAAGCUGCAAAGAGAAAGAUUCCCGACGAGGACGUGCAGAACAAGGUCUAUAUGGAAAUUAUCAAUGGCCCAGGGUUACCGCGGGUACCGGCGGGCACUUCGGUCACCAUUGUCGGUGGAGGCAUGUCCGGCCUUGUGGCUGGCUACGAGCUGAAGCGGGCCGGCUUUGACGUCCGGAUCCUUGAAGCGUCUUCUCGAGUGGGCGGCCGCGUUGUCACUUUCCGGGACCCUCUCUUCGCACCGGGACUGCACUGCGCAGGCAUCCCCCGCGAUCACUCUCUUUUGCGCGCCUAUAUCAACAAAUUUAAUAUCGACUCAUCGCUACCCUUUGAGAUGAAGAACAAGUUCAUCUACCUUUCGGACUACCACGGCGGCGACAAGUUGACGUAUGACGAGUUCAACAGGCUGUUGAGGAGCUCUGACCCCGAGCUGCUCGCUGUCUUACCCAGGCCUGAAACCAAGCGAGCGAGCGAAGGCGAUAUUGACUUCAAGACUCAGCGCGCAUUCCAGGCAAUCACCGACAGGUACGACAGGUACACCUUUCGUUCGUACCUCCAGGAGGUUGCCGGGUGGAGCAAUGACGCUAUCAGGCUUUACGACCUUGGCAACGCUCACGUAGUGUACGAGAACAGCUUCAUUGAGUCCUGGAAGGACCCCUCCCUCUCGAGCAACGAGCAGGGCGAGAAUGCCGGCAUGCAGCAGCUGCAGCACGGCAUGGACCAAGUCCCCAAAGCCUUCAUUUCGGCGGACGGCGGAAAUGAAUCCCUUGCCGAAAACAUCACAUAUGGCGCCCGCGUGACACACAUAGCUCACAUCGACCCCCCGGAUCAGCUCGGCCAGGUCCGGGUCGACUAUGAGACGACCGGCAACAACACAUACAGCAUCACAUCCGACUACGUCAUUCUCACGGUGCCCUACACAGCCCAGCGCACCAUCACCAAGUCCAAACCCUUCAGCCACCAACAAGGCACCGACGGCGGGCUGGUCAACGACCUCCCCAUCAGGUACACCAUGUUCUCCGUCACCGAAAACAACACCCAAACCCAAGGCACCGACCGCGGCGUCAUCAUGGCGGCCUACACCUUCCAGCAAGACGCCACCAUCCUCAGCUCGAUGCCCGAGUCCCGACGCAUACGCACGGCGGCGGAGAACCUCGACCGCAUGUUUCCGGAGGCCAACUCUCUCAAGCUACUCGAGGGCGGCACGUCGCAGGCCUUCCCCGCGGACGAGCUGGCGGGCGGCAGCGCCUUUUGCUACUUCGGCCCAGGCCAGAAGUCCCAGUACCUCGCGACCAUGUGCGAGCCCGACUGGGCGUACCCGGCCGACUCGCAGAACUAUCGGGUGUUCCUCGCGGGUGAGCAUGCCAGUUAUACGCAUGGCUGGAUCCAUGGCGCGAUUGAAGCCGCGUUGAGAUUGGCUACGCUCCUCGACAUCGAAGGGUGGUCAGCCUCGAGUUUCGUCUUCAGAGUAGUAUCUCUUGAAAAGUUGAAUCUGAACCCCGGCCUUCGUCAUCCAGUCAGUCCCAUCACCAUGGAAGCAGUCGGCUUGGCCGCCAGCAUUGCCAGCCUGGUCCAAAUUGCCGCGUCAAUCGCGAAGCUGACCUACAGCUACGGAACCGAGGUUGCCAAUGCCAGAGAGACACGGAAGCGUUACGUUCAGGAAGUGUCGGCCUUCAUCUCGGUCCUGCUCCGGUCUGAACAGGCUUUACUUGAUUCUGAAGCAUCGGGGCUGACUCAAAAGCGACCCAUUUCGCUCUCUGACAAUAUCAUCAAGAGCUGCUACCGAGAGCUCAAGGUACUUCUGAAUGACAAGAGCAUGGGGCUAAAAAGUCUCAGGGAUUCAUCGGUUGUCACGUACAAAAAGCUCGAACAGGUCGCUUUAGACCAGGAAAAGCAACAACUUCUUAUGCUGCUGGGAAACAACGAAUACUCACGUGCGAAGCCCGAGGCUUGCCCUGGUACAGGGCUAUGGCUCCUUCGCUCUGAGGAAUUCAAAAGUUGGUGCGGCCAGCAAGGAGGAUUGCUAUGGUGCUCUGGAGCCCCCGGCGUCGGGAAGUCUCUGCUUGCAUCCAUCGUCAUCGACCACCUCCAGGAACAACGGGGGGGAAUGCCUUCCUCCAUUGCAUACUACUUCUGCGAGUUCUCUUCUCGUAAUACUCAGACUCCUUUAGCUAUACUCCAGUCGCUACUCAGACAGCUCGUGGAGCAGGCUGGAGAAGAUGUCGUCACAAAGAUGAGCACCGUCAUCUCGGACCCCAUCAAACGAGCAAAGGAGGAAGACGUAUGCAAGAUUCUUGCCGAAGCAUGUUCCCUCCACCCUUCCUAUCUGAUUAUUGACGCUCCGGAUGAGCUGGAAUAUCCUAGGCGCCUUCUCUCCUACGUCCAAUCGAUUGUCGACAGCAAAGCCCGCGUCAUGAUCAUGAGCCGAGACAUGCCCGAGAUGAGAAGAUUUCCACAACUUACAAGAAUCAAGGUAGCCUCGGAGCUAGAGGACAUUGACAAGUAUCUGAAAGCACAAUUCGAGCACCACGAGCUGCUUGAGGACGAAGACCCCUCGGAGUCGGACCGUUUGAUCAGUACCAUCGUCUCCAAGAGCGGUGACAUUUUUCUACUUGCCAAGCUCCUCGCGGAUAACGUCUUGGAGCAGCAGACGCUGAGACAGAUGCGCAACGUUGCCGAGACAUUUCCGGAUUCUCUCGAAGCUGCGUACGACGCCACAUUGAAGCGCAUUGAUGCCCAACCCAAGGUGAAAAGGACGCUUGCUCGCAGGCUGCUGGCAUGGGUUACGCGCUCCAUGCGGCGCCUCCGAAUCGAGGAAGUUAUCGAAGCCUUUGCCGUGGAAGAUAAUACCGACGAGAUUGCCGCGGAUAAUAGAUUGGAUGCUGGGCGGCUUCUGAACUCGUGCUAUGGUAUUCUUUCUGUGAGCAAGGACGACAACACUGUCGGUUUCAUUCACACCACAGCCCAUGAGUUCUUCACCAGGGUUUCAUCGGAUUCCGAUGCCCACGCGGAUAUGGCACACACGUGCCUCCUAUACCUCAAUUUGCGUCCUCUCCGGGAAGAGACCUUCGACAGCGCCGCACGAUUGUUCAAGCAGCUUGAAAGCAUGCCAUUUCUUUCCUACGCAGCCUCGUACUGGGGCAGUCACGUUACAACCAGAGAAGCCGAGAGAAUCUCACAGGGCCGUAUUAUGACACUGCUCAAGAACAGGCGUGCUCGAUGCAACGCAUUCCAGGCUUCCAACUUCCCGAAGUACCUGCCCGAGGACCUGGUUGAGCCCGUUUUCUCGUCCAUUCCCACCGGCCAAGUACCAUUGCAUAUCUCAGCCUACUGGAAUCUCCAAGAUACCACUCUCCAGCUCCUCCAAGAAGAUGCCGAUGCGUCGGCUCCAGAUUCGCAGAAAUGGACGCCUCUACACUGGGCGUGUUAUCGGGGCCACUUGGAUGUGGCGGCCAUCCUCCUGCGACACCAUGUCAAGUUUGAUGCCGCGGACUCCCAAGGCUGGACCCCCCUUUUCUGGGCCGCAUUUCACGGCCAUGCUAAGGUAGUGUGCCUGCUUCUCGAUCAUGGUGCAAACCAUCUCCACCGCAGUGUGCUCGGGUGGACGGCUCUGCACUGGGCCGUUUCCAAACGGCACUACGAGGCCGUCGAGGCGAUACUCAGACACCACAAGUCAUCUAACUGGGCGAAGCCGUGCCCCUCGACACUUCUGAAAGAUCUGACUUACCAGGACGCUGUCAAUAGACGUGUGAACGCCGUCGAAAUUGCAGCAAGCAUCGGCGACACCAAAAUCUUCGAUGCCCUGACGAAUUGUCUCGAAAUAGAUCGCUCGAUAUCAGACGACUUGUCCUUCAACAAGAUAUGGUCGGCCGAGAAGUUCGACAACCCAAUUUCCAACCCAUGGCGCACUCGGAUGAAAGCGAAGCGUUAUGUGGCUAAUCCCUUGGGGGACGACGUGAAAGAUACACGAGAGUGGAAGUCCAAGCUGCUGCUAUCCGCAAUCAAGGAUAAAAAGAUGGACAUUGCAAAGCUCCUGGUCCACAACGGGGCCGACGUCAACUAUUUUAAGAAGGCAACCCCCUUACACGCAGCCGUCCUCUGCCGCGAGCCCGAAUUUUGCCGGCAGCUCAUCGGGAUGGGAGCAAGGCUCGAGACUGUGGACGAGCGAGGAUUCGCACCUCUUCAUCAUGCUGUCUUGAAUGGCGACAUCGACGUGGUUCGCGUCCUCCUCCACAACGGAUCUAACGCUAAUGCCCGCGCGACCGAACCGGCCCCGGAAGCACGCUUGUCUUAUUAUAGCAUAUUGCACGGAAACUCGGCAACGCCGCUGAUCCUGAUAUUCGACUUUCUCUCGCUUGGCUACGAGCCCCGGAAAGAGCUAGCCCUGCAGCUCGCGGUGCUGUUGAUCCAGCAUGGGGCCGAUGUCAACCUGACUGACAAGGAGGGGCGAACAGUCCUGCAUUAUGCCAUCGUCAAUCCAUACGGCCCACUCAUAGAAUGCCUGCUAAAAGCCGGUGCACGCAGUGACUUACAAGAUAUGGAUGGGUGGACACCCUUUCACGACUUGGCAGCAGCUGGACACGUUACCGAGUACGGGGAUGAGUGGCUAAGGCAGCUGCUAUCGAAGCUGAUAGAAAGCUCCAGCGACCAGAACGCAGACAGGAUACUUAAUCUGGAGGCAAGAGGAAAACGCUACUACCAGUACCAGCGAAGAGAACGGCAGGGACAACCCUCUGGCGGCAUCAACACCGCUCCAACGCCAACAACAAACCCAGUUACCCUGACCCUCGAGAAUGCACAAUGGGACAUCUUUGGGGUAUUUCAGGAGCUUGGUGGUCGUAUCCCACUCUCUCAGGACCUUAGCUGCUCACUACACCUAGCAAUUCGAGAUAUGAAGCCAGACAUGGUCGUCACUCUUCUAGGCCACGGAGCGAUACCCCGAGCACACAGUAUCCUGGAUCUGGUGAAGUCUCUCACGGAUGCCUUGACCAGUGGCAAACCCGAUGCAGUCAUGACUGAGCGAUUUCUGCUUGUUCUGCGGUCACUGAACUUGGCGAACGUUGAGGCUGAUGCACUUGACGAAAUCUCGGACAGUGCUUGGAGCAGUUUUGGGCGCUAUCUUCUUGGAGACAAAGACGAAGGCAUGAGGAUGACAGCUUUGUUACAGGCGGCCAGAAACGUGGACAACGAAGCAGUCAUAGAAGCCCUCUUGCAGUCUGGAGCAAACCCUAUGCUUACCUCGGGCGGUUCAUUCAACUCGAUUGUCACCUCGGCUGUUCAUGCUCGAACGGACUCCCUGAGAGUGCUUAUACGACACAUUGGGGCGGCAUCGGAGCUGUCACAUCUUUCUAGCGACUACGAGAAGCUUUGCUGCCAUCUCUCAAGAGAGGGCAACAUCAACGCAACUACGCAAACUGGAAAGACGGUCCUUCAUUUGGCAGCCAGAGCCGGCAAUCAUGAGCUGGUAUCGCGUUUGCUAGAAUACGGAGCUGAUGCUAAUGCCCCGGACAAGCGCAACCUCACGCCAGUUCACCACGCCGCAAUGUCCGGCAACCUAGAGACUCUGAAGCUACUUUGUCCUCUCAAAAAUGGAAACCACAUGCACUCACCAGGCCCAUCGACGACCCAACAUCUACAAAUCGACCUCGACCUACCCGCCCAGUGGAGCCAACCAAUCCUUCGCGACGCCGUCGUCGAGCGCCGAGUCGACAUAGCCCGAUAUCUAAUCCAACUCGGCGCCAACUCCGCUCGAGCGGGCCAGCGACCAGAACUAUGCGUUGCCGCGGAGAAAGGAUACGACGACAUGGUCACCGCUCUCCUCGAAGCCGGCGUCGACGCCAACAGUCCCGACGCCUACGGGUGGACAGCCCUGCACUACGCCGCGCACGAGGGGAGCGAGGCCGUCGCGCGGGCGCUCCUGUUGCGCGGCGCGAGCACGUCCGCGACGACAAGGUGUUGGGGCUCCGGUGAUCUGGAGCUCGAGCGCGUCGACCGAGACGAUCCUUGGCGGGCCCAGCCCCUGCACGUCGCUGCCAUUUCUGGGAAGCCCGGGGUGGUGAGGCUGCUGCUGCAGCAUGGGGCUGAUGUGCAUGCCAGGGUAGCGGGGGGGGAUCACUACGGCCCGACGGCUUUGCAUAUGGCGCUGCAUGUGGGAGAGAUUGGGCUUUCGGCGGAGGAGUUUGGGAAUGAGUAUCUCCAGGUGGCACAGGCGUUGGUGGAAGCGGGUGCUGAUGUUUCUGGCGUGGCUGACAGGUUUACGGUGGAGCAUGUCCUCAAAUUUAAAGGGUAUGAGGACCUUUGGGAUAAGUUGAGGGUUGGCAUAUUAACAAGGUGA